CGCUAGCCGCUACCGCCUUGUUGCAUUCUAUCUAUGCGUUGUCCUUAGCUUGUCCGCCCGCCCCUCCCUCGUCUUACCUCCUCCUCUCUACGGCCGGCCAGAUGAGCUCCACGGCCAUCGACGUCCUCUCGGCGCUGCCGCCGAUCAGGACCGCGGCGCCGGAGCCGGGUGCGGAGAAGAAGCAGCAGGAGGAGGACGGCUCGGAGGCCCAGGAGCCGGAGCCCACGACGCCGACGUCGGAGGCGAGCAGGCUGCGGCCUCCGUCCGAGUGCCCGCCGGCGCCGAGGAAGCCUGCGCGGCCGCCGUCGACGCCCGCCAAGCGCAGGUUCCCGGCGCCGCGCCGCGCCUUCUUCCCCGUGCCGCGCGACCUCAACGCCGUGUUCCGCGCCCUGCCGCCCAAGAAGCGGAUCCGGGCGGGCUGACGGCCGGGCCGGUCCGCGCCGCCGCGGCUCAAGCGGCCGCUUCCAAUUGGGUUCUAGCUACCUGGCGUACGUGCAGGACGACGACGACGGCAGGCAUCCACUCCUGUACUCCGCCAAAGGCCAGCCGCGCGCGUGUGGUGCACUCGUCCUUCAAGGACCAUGGCGUCAAAACGCAGUCUUGGGAGUUUCUUGCACACCUUGGUUUGUCCUUCCGGCAUGGUACAAACUACAGACUCGAGAUCCAGAGUUCUCGUACAAAUCGUGGGUUAGGUUCAUUAUUUGCGUGGAGGAGUAAAAACUGUAGAACUGGACAAGGCUAUUGUUUAUUUACAUACGGAUCAUGAAUGGGAAGAAUUAAUGGAAGAAAAUUCCCGAGGAUGGAUCCGUUUCAGUAUAUUCGUCAUUAUAAAACUAAAGCUCACAGUUUGCCAAAA